AUUCAUUUAUUCAUGAUGGCGACAGACGAAGAAGUAAUAAGGAAGAGGCUCCUAAUUGAAGGAGAGAGUGGUGGAGAUGACAGGAGAAUCAGCAAUCUACUCAAAACUUUCGUGAAAUGGUGUCACACAGAUCAGACUAAAGAAGAAUGCACGGUUACAUACCAGAAGAUGCUGAUGAUGCUAUGUCAGGUAGACUUUGCCACAGAAAGAACACAGCUGAUUCAUCAAAUGAAUAUCAGAGAGAUGUCCAACUAUGAAGAGCUCUACUCAACAAUUGAACGCAACAUCAAGGAUGCCCACCAGCAGAUAAAUGCAUGCAAGACAGAGCUUUCAGAUGCCAAGAGAGAGAGAAAGAACAGGCAGGAGUACGACACAUUAGCAAAGGUUAUCCAGAAACAACCCGACAGGAAAGAAACCUUGAACAAAUUGCAGGAACUGGAUAAGGAUCUUGGUGAAUUGAAUAGCACCAAGGAGUCUUUAGAACAGAAGUUGGAGGAUAGGAAGAAGCAGUUCCAUGUUCUCAUCAGCGCCAUCCAUGAGCUGCAGAGGAUACUUGACACUGAUGAUGGGCCACAGAAGCUGAAUACCACAUCAGACUCGAUGAUGAGUGAGUCCAUGGACACCUCCUUGACAGACAAGUGACACUGUCAACUCUUCCCCCUCCCCUCCCAAAAAACUACUGUAUUAAAUAAUUGAGAGGAUUGGUAUGCACUUGGACUUUCCCAAGGAUGCUAGAGGCAUCAGAAUCACUCCAUACUCCUCUUUCUUACAAUGAGUAAGUUUACCUAAUAGAGACAGUGUUCAUUCAAAAUGCAUUUCCAAUGGAUGGCAUCUCAGGGAUAUCUGGAGCGGAGGAUUCAGCGAAGAAAGUGGGGGAUAUAGAGUAGAAACACAGCUAUUGCUUCAGCCGUUGCUUCAUGGAACCAUGUUAGAGCACCAUUGUGAUGCAAAGUCUGAUGUUCUUUUGAAAAAGCUACGGCGGCGACAUCAGUUUGAUCAGCAUAAAUUUAAUCAACUUGGCCAUCGCUUGACGUGGAGCUUUAUGGAAGCACCUUGGAGGAUAGUCUUGAUGGAAAGUCUGAUCACAUUUUCUCUUAAUAUAAUGAUAGCAACGCCAGGGAUGCAAGUUUUCAGGCAAUAGCCUGUAUUCAGGCCCUGACAAGUUAUUUUCAGACCAUAGUUUAGGCUUUUUUGUGUACAAAAUAGAUCAUUGUAGGUGAUUUUCAGGCCCUCUGAUCAAAUCUUACUGGCAUCCAUGCAACGCCAUUAGAGUUUGAACGAUGCAAGAUCAAGUUAUACAGUGCUCUACUUCUUAAUCCAUGUAAUUCUGUUCAUGCUGGGCAAUGUUUUAGAGUGUGGAGCAGAGAUAGACGUGUCAACUUGAUCUAGGACAAGGCCUCAUCCAGUUUUGUUUCUGCUUAUGUUUUUUACAAUUUUGGAAUCUUGUUUACAGAGAAGGCUCAUCUUUAUUGUCCAUUCCGAGCAGUGGAAUUUUAUGUUUUCUAAAGAGCUUUAUAGUCUAGAAUUUGUGCCCUCUCCUGUGUUCAGCUCCAAAUUGGUAUCCAUCUUGUCAGGAUUUGUUUUAAGUAUUAUGAUUUAGAAAGUUAAAGUCGUUUUCCCCUGUGCCUUUCAGGACACAGAAGUUAUGAGUUGUUGGCUUUAGUGAAUAAGCAUGAUUACUAAACAAUGAACAUAAGGAAAAAAAUAGAUGUAACUUUUAACAGGACAUGGCAGGUAAUGGCUUGCAUAAUUUUCUUAUAUGUACCUUUAUGAUUUAUUUUUUUAAAUUGUUAAUUAAUGAUUUCCAUGAAUAAUUGAGAAACAGGGAAACAGAGAAAAAGUAAUCUUUUUCAC